AUGGCGGGCCGCAUGGUGCUGUACAAGCUGGUGGUGCUCGGGGACGGUGGUGUAGGGAAGACGGCCCUCACGAUCCAGCUUUGCCUGCAGCACUUUGUCGAGACUUACGACCCGACGAUUGAAGAUUCAUACCGAAAGCAGGUGGUGAUUGACGGCCAGCCAUGCAUGCUCGAGGUUCUCGACACGGCCGGGCAGGAGGAAUACACAGCGUUGCGGGACCAGUGGAUCCGUGACGGCGAGGGCUUCGUCCUCGUCUACAGCAUCUCCUCUCGCUCGUCCUUUACCCGCAUCAAGCGGUUCCACCAUCAGAUACAGCGCGUCAAGGAGUCCUGCUCCUCGUCGCCCACCUAUCCCGGCUCGCCCCUGUCCGCCGCGAGUCCGCAGCUGCCGGUGCCCAUCAUGCUCGUCGGCAACAAGAGCGACAGGGUGACGGAGCGGGAGGUGUCCACCCAGGAGGGCCACGCCUUGGCCCGCGAGCUCGGCUGCGAGUUCGUCGAGGCCUCGGCCAAGAACUGCAUCAACGUCGAAAAAUCCUUCUACGACGUCGUCCGCAUCCUGCGACGCCAGCGGCAGCAAUCAUCGCGACCCGGCCCAGGCUCCAGCGGCCGAUCUCGCGCGAGCAACGGGGACCUCGGCGGCCGCGACCGCGACAGCCAGCGGCUCAGACGCGGCAAGGACGGCGAAAAGAGCAAAUCUAGAUGCGUCGUCUUGUGA